AUGAGAAUCAUGCCCGAGGCCCCGGAAUGGACAGAUGACAUUGCGUUCCUGACGCACACCUGCCGGAUGCACAGAUCGCACCUAGUGUUGCCGGAUCCCGGCAGCUGCUGUCUCAGAAGCGCAGCCGGCAACGCCCGGGAAGAAGCGGAGAUACGUCCUCCUGGUCUCCCCUGCGCGGGCCGGUGCGCGUUGCGGCCCGCGCCCCGCGCGCUCGUGCUCGAUGCGCACCCGGCCCUGCGCCUGCACUCGGCCGCCUUCCGUCGCGCCCCCGCCGCUGCCGAGACGCCCUGCGCCUUCGCCUUCCCCGCCCCCGGGCCCGCGCCGCCGCCCCCGCUACCCGCCUUCCCGGAGACGCCCGGCGCCGAGCCCGCCUGCUGCCCGCUGGCCUUCAGGGUGGACCCUUUCACCGACUACGGCUCCUCGCUCACCGUCACGCUGCCGCCCGAGCUGCAGGCGCACCAGCCCUUCCAGGUCAUCCUGCGCUACACCUCUACUGACGCCCCCGCCAUCUGGUGGCUGGACCCGGAGCUGACCUAUGGCUGUGCCAAGCCCUUCGUCUUCACCCAAGGCCACUCUGUGUGUAACCGCUCCUUCUUCCCAUGCUUCGACACGCCCGCAGUGAAGUGCACCUACUCAGCCGUCGUCAAGGCCCCAUCAGGAGUGCAGGUGCUGAUGAGUGCCACCCAGAGCACAUAUGUGGAGGAGGAAGGUGUCUUCCACUUCCACAUGGAGCACCCCGUACCCGCCUACCUCGUGGCCCUGGUGGCCGGAGACCUCAAGCCGGCGGACAUCGGGCCAAGGAGCCGUGUGUGGGCUGAGCCGUGCCUUCUGCCCAUGGCUACCAGCAAGCUGUCGGGCGCAGUGGAGCAGUGGCUGAGUGCAGCCGAGCGGCUGUAUGGGCCAUACAUGUGGGGCAGGUAUGACAUUGUCUUCCUGCCACCCUCCUUCCCCAUCGUGGCCAUGGAGAACCCCUGCCUCACCUUCAUCAUCUCCUCCAUCCUGGAGAGUGAUGAGUUCCUGGUCAUUGAUGUCAUCCACGAGGUGGCCCACAGCUGGUUUGGCAAUGCUGUCACCAAUGCCACUUGGGAGGAGAUGUGGCUGAGUGAGGGCCUGGCCACCUAUGCCCAGCGUCGCAUCACCACUGAGACAUAUGGUGCUGCCUUCACCUGUUUGGAGACAGCCUUCCGUCUGGAUGCUCUGCACCGGCAGAUGAAACUUCUGGGAGAAGACAGCCCGGUCAGCAAGCUGCAGGUCAAGCUGGAGCCAGGAGUGAAUCCCAGUCACCUGAUGAACCUGUUCACCUACGAGAAGGGCUACUGCUUCGUGUACUACCUGUCCCAGCUCUGCGGAGACCCGCAGCGCUUUGAUGACUUUCUCCGAGCCUAUGUGGAGAAGUACAAGUUCACCAGCGUGGUGGCCCAGGACCUGCUGGACUCCUUCCUGAGCUUUUUCCCAGAGCUGAAGGAGCAGAGUGUGGACUGCCGGGCAGGGCUGGAGUUCGAGCGCUGGCUCAAUGCCACAGGCCCACCUCUGGCAGAGCCAGACCUGUCUCAGGGAUCCAGCCUGACCCGGCCUGUGGAGGCCCUCUUCCAGCUGUGGACUGCAGAGCCCCUGGACCAGGCGGCUGCCACAGCCAGUGCCAUUGACAUCUCCAAGUGGAGGACCUUUCAGACAGCACUGUUCCUGGACCGGCUCCUGGAUGGGUCCCCGUUGCCUCAGGAGGUGGUGAUGAGCUUGUCCAAGUGCUACUCCUCCCUGCUGGACUCGAUGAAUGCUGAGAUCCGCAUCCGCUGGCUGCAAAUCGUGGUCCGCAAUGACUACUAUCCUGACCUCCACAGGGUCCGGCGCUUCUUGGAGAGCCAGAUGUCGCGCAUGUACACCAUCCCGCUUUACGAGGACCUCUGCACUGGCGCCCUCAAGUCCUUUGCACUGGAGGUCUUCUACCAGACGCAGGGCCGGCUGCACCCCAACCUGCGCAGAACCAUCCAGCAGAUCCUGUCCCAGGGCCUGGGCCCCAGCAUGGAGCCCACCUCAGAGGCCACCUCAGAGCCCAGUGUGGAGUUGGGCAGCUCCAGAACAGAUCCAGACUCGGACUCGCCGGCCCUGCUGCUUGGGGAUGAGGCCCCCAGCAGUGCCAUCUCUCUCAGGGACGUCAAUGUGUCUGCCUAGUCCUGUUGGCGGGCUGACCCUCGACCUCCCAGACACCACGAUUGUGCCUUCUGUGGUCCGGGCCCGCCAUGACUGCGCCUUGGCUCUGGCCAUGAGCUCUGCCCGGGCCUGUGAGCUCUUCCUGUGGGCUCUCCCAGUCCGGGAGCAUGGGGAAACGGACCUCCUGUCCGGCAGAGGCCUGUGGAUGUAGGCCUGUCCCCCUCCCAGCUCUCUUGCACUGCAGGCCCUGGGGCGGCCCACACAUGCCACGCCUCUUGUCUCAACACUGGCAGCCAUGCCUAGCUCUGGAUGCCAGCACCUACCGGUGCUGCUCCUGGAGCAAUGGCCCAGCAGCCCCACGGCAACCACCACACUGUGCCUUAUGUCUGCCGGGAGGCCUAGGCUGUGCUGUCCCUGUAGCAUGCCUCCUUGCAGGGCUCUGAGCCGUCCCCUCCCUUCAGAGCCCUGCACCUGCCCCUAGGGUUGGCAACCUCAGUUGGCCCCUGGCAGAGGGACAAGGACACAGACAUUUCCUCAGUGUGGAGACAGGGAACACAAGAAAAAAAUGGAUGUCCCAGGGAGGGUCCCCCUGGCCCACAGCCAGCCUUACUCUCUCAGAGAACAUGGGGUCUCAGAAUCCAGGGGGAAUGUGGGGACAGGACAGCCUGUCUCUUGGGGCUGUAGGCCGUGGUGGGGGGGCAGGAGGCACAUGGGUACAGCAAUACCCCAGGGAAGGGGAGGUGGUGCUGGUGCUCUCUUUAGGCCCACCAUGCUGGGAGAGGCAGCCGGGGCCUGCGGUCUCCAGCCUGGGACUGCUGUGAUGGGGUAUCACGGUGAUUGUCCCAUUAAACCUCCACUCUGCAAAUCUGACCUCCCUUCCUCUUCCUCCCAUCUCUGGUCCUCUGCAUUCGCUAGUUGUGUGGGGUAUGGCUGGCCUGCCAGGGCUUAGGGCCCAGAGCUGGUCAGAAGCUGGUUACAACCCCCGCUGACACACAGACCUGAGAGCAGGCUCCCAGCGCCCUGGCUAGGCCCCUUGGCCAACCCUAGUCCCCAGCAGACUCCUUGAGGUGUCACUUGUCACAUGCUUACUCUGGACCUUUACCUCAGGCUUUAGCCAAAUUCCACCCUCAGUGGUAGUCUUCUUCUAAGCUGGGGUGCAAAGAAAAGGGGUGGGUGGCAGGAAUCCUUGGAGGAUUGAGAUUUGCAUUUUCCUGCGUGGUGGAUGGUACUGCUCCUCAGGGUCCCCAAAGUCUCGACUGCCUGAGCAGUACCACCGUUCCAGUGCCCCACAACACCCUGCAGAGCCUCCCAUCUGGGCAACAUGCUGUGCCUCUGAAAGCAACCUGUCUCUUCUCCCAACCCAGUGGCCAGGCCCAGUCAUAGCCCCACUCCACACACCAUGGUAGGGAGGACCAGAGGUGGCAAGCAGAUGACCCUGACACCACCACUGAACAGCCCCCAAAUGUCCUAUUCACCCUCCUUCCUGUCCAAAUGCAGUGCCACUCCUCCUCCCCAAGGGAGACAGCCUAAGCCCCAGUUCAGUCAGGGCAAGCUCCAACCUGGGGUCCAGGGUAGUCUCUACACAUGAUGGGUAAUGUUCACAGUUCCUAUUUCAGGGCUGAGUGAGGCUCCACCCCAUCAACAUCUGUUCUUCAUACUCAGCAGGGGACGGGGAUGGGAUACCUGCACUAAGCCCUAUGGAAGGGAGGGUGGGGGCUCCUGACAGUCCCUAUUCCACAUCCUUCUAAAGCCCUAGCAGGCAGGCACUGCCAUAGUCCGGGAAUGGGCCCCCGAUUCCACUUAGUCGUAUUCUCUGUGGUACUGGGUGCCACCCUCGGGAGGACCCUUUUCCUGUUUCCUUCUUGGCCACACCAGAAGACGGUGUCCACAAAGAAUCCCCCUGAGUGGCUGAAUCACUUUCUCAGCUGUUUCCGAUUUCCAAACAGCCAGGGUUGUUUGCAAGUCUCCAUAGUCACAAACUUUAAUCCUGGGCUCUUCCUUUCUUUGGCAAUUCAACUUCUCCACAACUGUGGUCUGCAGUGACUCCAGGUGCUAUGGCCACACCCACAGCACUUCCUCCACUUGAUGCUGAGCUGUGCUGCCUUGCCCAAUGUACCCACAACACCCUCGCUGCAUUCUGUCCUGGCUCUGAAUGCCACCCACCAGGGUGAGCAGGAGUGCCCUUUCGGCCCUGUUAGCCCUUGGAUUCCUGGCCUGCCUUGAUGCCUUUUCCUCCCAGCUUGCAAAACAAAACUUUUUUAACCCA